AUGAUUAACCAAAAUAUCAAUAGGAACUCUUCGAUUGGCGGAAUCGCUGGAAUCGCCCUCAUCCAGCUAUUUCUCACCUUUGUCAUGGCGCCCCUUCCGCCGGAAGCAACACGUGCUCUGCUUGAUUUUGAUCGACAAAUCGGACAACAACAUCACGAACUCGACGAUUGGAGACAAUUAACGCCUGGGCCUCUGCACCUCCUGAACGACCACGCCGGCCAUACAACUUCAUUAUUACCAGUUGAGCCUCAAUUCGAACAAAGACACGCCCUUGGGGUGCAACUUGCCGCACCAGAUGGUGAUUGGUUUGAAUGGCGGUCUAUUCCCUCUCCUGCCGAAAUCCCAAGAAGCUCGUCGAUACAAAUGCCAGCUUCACAUUCAAAGCAAUUAGCGCACCAAAAGUUCCCCGAUGGUUCUGCAAUUCAAUCCUCCCCAAAUCAGCUUCGAGUUGAAGACUACAUUCAAAGUGGUUUGUUUGAUUUUGCAAGCUUAGAUUACGAACAGUCCCAACAUGAAAAUAUCCACUUGCAUCCCCAAAGCCUGGAAAACCCGAUAACAGUAACCACACCAUCAGAGUCCAAGCAUUCGCCUAUUCAACGGUCCAAUCUACCCGGCAUCUUGAAAGGUAAUCCUUCUACAUUAUGGAUGGCCUACUUUUCCAGUUUAAUAACUGAAUUUUCUAUCUUGCGCGAGAGCAGGACACGAUUCAGUUUCUAG